UGUUCUUCAACUACUCAUCCUUAAUGAAUAAUAUAUCAUCUUCUCUAAUGGACAUGAGAGUUAUCACAGCAUGCAUAUAUAUAUGCUUGAUCUUGUUGUGCAUGAGAAGUAGUAGUAGUAGUGUUAUGUUUGCAAGAGGUCAAGAUGUGGGAAGUGAUGGAGGUGGCCGGAGACAGCUAGUUCCGGCCAUGUUUGUGUUUGGGGACUCAUUGAUAGACAAUGGUAAUAACAAUAACCUUCCUUCUCUUGCAAAGGCUAAUUACUUCCCUUAUGGUAUUGACUUUGCCGGAGGUCCUACCGGAAGGUUCUCUAAUGGAUACACCAUUGUUGAUGGAAUUGCUAAUUUAUUAGGGUUACCACUUACUCCGGCAUACUCAGAAGCCGUCGGAAGCCAAGUCUUCCAUGGUGUAAACUAUGCGUCGGCUGCCGCCGGGAUUUUAGACGUCACCGGAGGAAACUUUGUUGGCAGGAUACCAUUCAACCAGCAAAUACGAAAUUUCGAAUCAACAUUGAGUCAAAUAGGCAUGGAAUUAGGUGCGACCGAAGCCGUUGCCAAUUCGAUCAAACAAAGCAUCAUCUUCAUUGGAUUUGGAAGCAAUGACUACUUGAACAACUACAUGAUGCCGAACUACAACACGAAAAAUCAAUACAAUGCCGAGCAAUUCGCCGACUUGUUGAUGCAACAAUACACUCGCCAACUCACCAGAUUGUACAGUCUCGGAGCACGGAAAUUUGCUGUUGCCGGUGUAGGAGCAAUAGCUUGCGUGCCGAGUAUUCUUGCGCAAAGUGCGUAUAGUAAGUGUUCGGUAGAUGUCGAUAAUCUGAUUGCACCUUUUAAUAGAAAAGUCAAAGCUAUGAUUAGUAAUCUCAACGAAAAUCUCCCCGGCGCAAAAUUCAUUUAUCUUGAUGUCUACCGCAUGUUUGUUGACAUACUUGCCAACCCUACUCAAUACGGGUUUAGUGUGAUUGAUCGGGGAUGUUGUGGCAUCGGCCGGAACCGAGGGCAGAUAUCAUGUUUGCCGUUGCAGGCACCAUGUGCAAGAAGAGAUCAGUAUGUAUUUUGGGAUGCAUUUCAUCCUACGGAAGCUGUGAACAUACUGUUGGCAAGGAACUGCUUCAGUGGCAACACUAAUGUUGCAUUCCCAAUGAACAUACAACAGCUUGCUAAUGUUGAAGUUUGAGCUAAAUUAGAGAUGAGUUUUGAUCUAUGUAUGGCUACUUUAAUUAGGGUUAAGGUUGUUUGGAUGAUGGGUAUAAUUUAGUUUAUGAUAAGUUAUGGAUGUGUUAAUGAAUUAUGGUGAUGACGAGGCACUUUGGUGAGGAAUGUUAUUAGCACUUAAUAUUUGCUUUGAUGUUGGAUAAUUUGAUUUGAA